GGAGUUUCCUCUCGCAUAUAUUCUUCCAAUUACCUAAGCAGAUCAUCCACCCAUUUUAUAUACUUACAUGCAAUGUCAUAUGCAUUAUAUAUAUAUACAUAGGCAGCGUCUCAAGCAAUCCUCUUUCACUUGCAAGUACUUCACACACAUAUAUACGUGCAUAUAUAUAUAUAUAUGUAUAUAAAUCCACCUUCUUCCUUUUGCUUGUACACCUCACCAUCAUCAUAUAAAGUAAUCUGAUCUCCUCUCUUUUCUCUCUUCCUCUGAUCUUCCUCCGUCUCACUAAACCAAGAAACUGAAAAUGGCGAGACCUAAUAAUCCUAGUAAUCUUCUUCUUCUUAUAAUGUCGACCGUGUUAACGUUGAUUUCUUUUACAGUUGCAAGUAAUCUGACUACGUCCGAGAAGCUAGAUCAAACAGUGAUUGAUCCUGAAAUAAAAUGCGGUGCAUGUCCUUGCGUCGACCCAUGUGCCCAGCUCCCUCCUCCUCCUCCUCCGCCUCCGUCGCCGCCUCCUCCUCCUCCACCGCCGAAGACGGUGUACUGUAAUCCGGUGGCGCCGCCUCCGCCGAGGUUUAUUUACGUGACGGGUGUGCCUGGUCAGUUGUACUACACUGAUGCGGAUGAGUGGGGGUUUUACUCGGGUGCCGGGCGAAAUGGGGCGAUGGCUUUAAUGGUUUUGAUGGGAUACGGAGUGUUUGGUCUCUGGGAAAAUUGGUAAACGAUCUUAAUGUACGAACUAGAAAAUAUUUGUUACGCAGUCAGAUCUGCUCGUAGUUUUAAUUAUAUGUUAAUCGUAAUUAAUUAAGUAAUAAUUUGAUUGUUUCUUUUUUAAUUAUGAAA